AUGGCUGGACACGAUGAACAUGGCGCACACCCGCCACAUUUGAAGCACAGUCACGCGCACGAAGAAGACAUUCCAGGAACUGUCAAUCUGCAGGCUGCUGAGGGCGACGAUACUGGCUAUGGACAAGCGUUGUUUCCCGUGCCAGCAGACGACCCCAAUGAUCCCUUGCAAUGGCCAAAUUACAAGAAGACCAUGAUCUUGAUCAUCUGUGCGGCCUAUUCUUUUUUGGGUAACUCUGCUCUCCUGGGACCGAGCGUAUACAUUGGAAUUUACUCCGAAUCGUUUGGCAUCACACCCGCAAAGGCUUCGGGACUCGUCAGCUACCCCAACCUUGCAUAUGGAUUCGGAUCUUUGGUUCUAGUGCCUUGCUACCUCAAAUUUGGAAGACGGCCAGUGAUGCUGGGUUCCAUCAUUCUCUUUGCGGCUGGGCUGAUUGGUUCUUCCCAAUGUAAUAGCUUCAGCAGUCUGAUGGCCACUCGAGUCCUCGCCCAAUUCGGCGCCGGGGUUUGUGAAGCGUUACCUGUCCAGCUGGUCAACGACAUUUUCUUCCUGCACGAACGCGGUCAACGUCUGGGCUACUAUACUGUGGCUCUCUGUCUCGGAGCCACUGGACCCCUAUAUGCCGGCUACAUGCUCGCAGGGGGUAACUCAUGGCGGCUGUUUUUCUACGUCGAGUUCGGAUUCGCCUGUGCCCUGUUCAUCCUCGCGUUUGUCUUCGUCGAGGAGACGUGGUACAAGCGUGACGAGAUGAAAGCAAGACUCGGCGCCGCCGUGACAGCCGGUAUGGAGCCAGAAAAGGGCAUUGAGACUGAAUCUGCGGAAGUUUCUCCCAUUGCCCCCCCGAGAAAGAGCUUUGUUUCGACCUUGAAGCCUUGGGGCGUAUAUGACCGUGAAGCGCCUUUCUUCAUGACUGCCAUUCGAUCCUUCUCCUAUUUCCUCGUCCCGAGCGUCUUUUGGGUGGUCGCCACCUACGGUAUCUAUAUUGGCUUGGGGGCGCUGGCGUUCAAUUUCACAUUCCCUAUUAAGAUUGUUGCGCCACCGUAUAAUUGGAGCCAGACGAACUCCGGAUUGAUUGCCGUGGGAAAUGCAGUGGGAUAUAUUCUCGCAGUGCCCUUUACAACCACGUCAGAUCGACUAGCAGCACGUCUCACCAAGAAAAACAACGGGAUCCGUGAGGCUGAGAUGCGUUUGGGAGUUCUUCUACCAGCGAUGUUGAUCGGGCCCGCCUCGCUAAUUGUCUACGGUUACACGGCAGAGAAGAAUCUGCACUGGUUUGGCUAUUUCGCGGGAGUGGCCAUGUGCAACUGGAGCGCAUAUUUCUUCUUCACGUUCACUCUGGCAUAUGCUGUGGAUAGCUAUACGGUGAAUCUGUCGGAGAUGUUGAUUGCGAUGAAUUUGGGGAAACAAGCCAUUUCAUUCGGCAUGGGUGAGGACUUGCUCCAGUGGGUGUUGACUCUGGGGUACGUCAAGACGAUUGCUGGUAUAUUCUGUGGUGUGCUCGCAGCCAAUGACCUGGCGUUGUUGAUUUUCAUGUUCUAUGGCAAGAAGAUCAGGAUUGCUACGAGCAAGACUUGGCUGGCGAGUAUGCAUAAGAAAACGCAGGUGGUGGGAGAAUCUCACUAA